AUUUGAUUUAUGGAUGAAGGACGUAUUGUAUUUUUCUGUAACAUGGUAGUUUAUAUUCAGGAAUGCGUGCUGGUUUCAGAGGUUCUGAUCUUUUCUCAGUCGAAUAGAAUGUGAGACAUAAUUGAGUACUAUUUUAGUCAAAUGGGGUUUGAAGUCUGCAGAAUUGAUGGCUCUGUUAAAUUGGAUGAAAGAAGAAGACAGAUUCAAGAAGAGUUCAAUGAUGUGGGCAGCCAGUAUAGGAUCCCCGUGAUUCGCAGAUUGUGGUUCUAAAGCACAAGUCUUGGCGCGUCAAGGGUCUUAUAUAGAACCCACAGAUAUAUCUACAGGCAAUGGAUCGAUGCCAUAGGGAUUGGUCAGAUAAAACCUGUUCAUGUGUACAGGCUUGCUACUGUGAAAUCUGUUGAGGGCCGGAUUCUGAAAAGAGCCUUUAGUAUGUCAAAGCUUGAGCAAUUGGUGAUCGAGAAAGGCCAAUUCCAGCAGGAGCGAAGCAACACAAAUGCUAAUGAUGUCUUGCAGCAAGAGGACCUGUUGGCUCUUCUCCGGGAGGAAGAAAGUGCAGAAUAUAAGUUGGUACAGACCGAUUCAGGUGAUGAAGACCUGGAAAGAGUGAUGGACUGCAGCUACUUACUUGCCCUUCUCAGGCAUGUUCAAAUGCCAUUUUUCUGAAAGGGCCUGGCUGGGAGUCGGAUAGUCUUGCCCAGUCUGCCCCAAGGUUUGUUUACAUACUUUUGGCCGGUGAGCAUGCAGUCCAUUGCAAGAAGUUACCUGGGUACAUGGUUUUGUCAGUGAUGUUCUAAAGCGGAUAGAGAUUUUGGCUAAGAAGAUGGCUCCAGUAUGUGAUUUUUCUAACAAAUCUACUUGAAGAGAGAUUUACUCUACGGCUAGCCAAUUUUUGUGUGUUUGAGUGGGUGGACCUUAUAGAUGUCUCCUCUUAUUAGGCUCAGAGAAAAUGGAUUUGUUGUUGGUCAGACAAUUUUGAAGGCAGAAUAGGCAAAGUGUGUUGCUAAACACGAGAAAACUUGCUUAACAAAUCAACAUGUCUUUA